AUGCUGGGAAAAGUGAGUAUUCAACUCCACCCUCAACGCCGCCUUUUGGCGAGCGUGAUUGCUGUGGGUGCUGCCGCUUAUUUUGGCAACAGCAGCCGCCGCCAGGAGUCUAUUGGCGUUAGCGUCGAAAUGUGGCAGCUACACGCGAAGGUGACCCCGUAUCAAUUGAGGUGUGCACUAGUGGGAGACGCUGCCUUGAUGACUCUGACUGUUCUCGCAGCCUUUGGCUUUUACUUGGACCAGCGCCAUGACUGCGGCCGAUUUGUUUGUUUGUUUGGGAGAAGAUUUUCCAUCAAUGAGUUUCCCACUCAUGGACUCCACACACACAAAGUAGUGUAUUUUGCGGGCGUGUACGUGUUUGCGGUUCCUGUUUUUUGCUUUCGGCGGUGUACGCCCUUGCACCACGCUGCCGGUCACAGUUGUAAUGCACGCCAUUCCCGCAAAAACCUGGCCUGGGGAUCUUGGGGCCGUUUGGCUGCUUUGGCAAAUUCUCGUUCCUCGAUUCCCGCGGGGCGUGCUCCUUGUGGGGUCAGGGCCGCAGCUAGAAGGCGUUGCCUCGGCGGCGAUGCGUGCUGGGUUUUACUUCUUCCUUUGCGGCAGCGGCACUUUUCAUUUUUAUUGGGGGAUGACGCGACCACCGUCUGGCGCCGCGACACGCCACUUCGCAAAAAACGCAGCGUCGAAGGGGCCAGUUGCCUGCGAUGUGCCCGAGGCACAACCCAAUGGGAGGGCGCGAAGAAGGCACGCGA